AUGGUUCCUCCGCUGUUGCAGCCGAUUCAACUUCGACGUGUUGAGUUACCAAAUUUCGACGGAGACAUCACUCAGUACCACGACUUCUGGAGUAGCUUCCGAACAGCAGUCCACUAUAAAGACGCCCUUUCGCCAGCUACCAAGUUCAUCUACUUGACGAACUCACUCAAGGGAAGUGCUGCGUUGAUGAUCCGGCUACGAUCCAUCUCAGCCUGA